AUGACUAAACGCGGGCCAUUUUCAUUUCAUUUCAUCUUUUUCUGAUAUCGUAUAUCUAAUAUCUAACUAUGUAUAUGUAUCUGCUCUGUAAUCACUCUCUGCAUCUCCACUCUCUGUGUUAUUAAAGAACAAGCUGCGGGCGGGGGGGUGCAUGUGUUAUAUGAAUGUGUUGAUGUGUUUGAUGUGUUAUUAUAUUAGCCAGCUUCGUCUUCUUUUCAUUUCCAAGUGUCAAACUGCUUUUUUAUUCCCCCCCCCCCUUUGUAGUUUCUCUUGUUCAACCCACAACUUUCUGGUCUUUAUCUUUCUUUUCUUUUUAUAAAAGAAAACCCCCACCCAUCUCAGUGGCCAGCCAACACUUCCCUUCAUCAGUCAUCCUUGUCAAAACAAGCAAAUCUUUGGAAAUUCAUUUUUCCUGCUCUGCAUUUGGAGAAAUAGUUGAUUGCAUUGCUUGUCUCUGAAAGUAUCUUGGAUUCUGUUGCAUAAACUUUGCUUAGUUCACGCGCCUUGUCUCUGCCAUUUUAGUUUUAAAGACAGAGGCAGAGGGGUUGUUGUUGAAAGUAUCACAGACAGGGGUGUCUAAAUUUACGUGGUUUUGAAACACCAGCCAGAAGCUGUUCAACAUGGCGGCUCUUUCAGCUCUCAUUACUGUGCUGCAGUCAAAUGUUGCUCUUAGAUGGCUGCAGCAGAUUAUGUCCUGGAGAAGUCUUGCUAUACUUCUGAUUGUUGUCAAUAUCAAGUCUCUACCCUUUGCAUGGCAUAUCCGCGUUUUCUACUACCUCUUCAAAAAUGUCAAUUUCCACCUCCACACCCACCCAAAGCUCAAGGCGAGAUUCAAGAAGCAAACAGGUGGUAGCGGCGCACAUCCCCUCUUCACCCCCGUCAGCGUCAUGAGCCACACCUCCCUCCUGGAAACAGACUACAACCUCCACAAGUCCAACAGCACCUACUUCUCCGACCUAGACAUCUCCCGCACAGCCCUGGUGACCAACGUCUGCACCCCAGGCCUGGGAAUCUGCCGACGAGAACUCGACAGGGAAUUCGAAACUGUGCCAACUACCACUGCCAACGGCGCAAGUGGCGACAACAACAACAACAACAACAACAGCAACAGCAAGAAGACGAAGAAGAAGAAGAAAUACCCCGGCAAACUAGCCGUCUUCCUCGGCUCCGUCUACUGCAGUUUCAAGAAGGAGAUCCCCCCCUACGAACGCUACGAGAUGCAAAGCCGCAUCGCGGCCUGGGAUGAGAAAUGGCUGUAUGUGGUGACCUUCUUCCUCCGCCCCGCGAAGCGCACUGGGGAGCCCAAGACCAUCCUCGCCACCGCCAUCAGCCAGUAUGUCAUCAAGAAGGGCCGUCUGACCAUCAAGCCGGCGAAGGUGCUGAACGCUAGCGGUUUGAUCCCUGAGCCUCCUGCGGAUGCAGCGCCUGCCGCCUCCUCCUCCUCCUCCUCGUCCUCGUCGCCACCACCACCCUCGUCGUCGUCAAAUGGCACGCCGUCGAGCGGCGAAGCCAUCAAUGCCAGCGAGGGGCUGGAUGAGAGUGUUGUUGUCCGCGAGGUGCUGGCGUUGACGGAGAGUAGCGAUAUGGGCGCGGCGGUGUUGGAGAGUGCGACGAGGGAUCGGCGACGGUCGUGGGAUCCGGAUGAGUGGACGUGGGAGCGGAUUGAGGAGCGGAGGGUGCAGGGGAUGGAGAGCUUGGGGGCGUUUAUCGCGCUUGAUGCGAAGUUGUUGCAGAUGGUUGAGGGGUAGAUUUUUUUUUCUUUCGUUUUGCUUUUCCGGUUUUUUUGGUUCCCCCCCCCCCCUACCCCCUUCUGUUUUGGGUACACGUUGGAUUACUGUUUGGAUAUAUGUAGAGUAAGUAGAGUAGAGUACGGGAUUGGCGUUCGUUUCGCUUUCGGGGUCUCUUGUACAGAGUUAGAGAAUUGUUUCUUCCUCUUUCCCCUCCUUUGUGUUUUGCACCGCUGCUCAUAACACCCGCUUUCAUUUCCCUUGGAUCCUUUUUUUUACCUUCCCCAACAUGCGAAUGCGGGGUUUUCUUUUUUUUUCCAUUUCCAAUUUCCACCACCACUCGAGUUUCCUGUUUACUCACUCCCUCUAUGCCCUAGUUUUCCUUAGCUACCCUACCUACCCUCCCUUAACUAAUAAUACCCCCACUAGUUGCAAAAAAAAAAAAAAAAAAAAAAA